UAGAGAGAGAGAACAUGUAAUUCCCGGUUUCCUGGAUGAUUUGAGGGUCGCAGGGUUGCCGGGUCCUCCUGGCCUGCCGUGAACUGAUCCAGCCGGACACGCACCUUAUUAAAGGGAAGCAGAUUAAAGAUCAAACGGCCGCAGUCAGCUCGUGUCCAGGAAGAUGACGAGGGGAGAGAGACAGGAAUGAGUUGUGACAAGUCCCGUGCUUCAGCGGCUCCGUCAAGUGGAGUUGCGAUGCGUCAACUCGGUGAUUCACCAGCACCGAGGAGGAGGAUAACGAAAGAAGGAGAAGCAGGGAUGGGAAGGAGGGGAAGGAUUGGAGGAAAAGGAAAAAAGGGUAGAAAAGAGGAGGAGGAGGAGGUGGAGGUGGUACAAAAAGGCUCCGCCGUGAUUCAGUCUAUCACACAGACCACACGCACCAAGUCAGCGGACCGUCAACAUUUAAGCUCCAUCCUGUGACUAUCUCCUCUCUAAUGUAAUAUCUUUAAUAUAAUCAAUACGUCCAUUUAUAGGAUUAAAAAAGCGACAUCACCUGCAUUUUUCCUUUAUCACCUCCAGAGUUGGCUCAGGGAGGAAGGCAGAUUUAAAUGAGCCGAUGAAAAGUUUGCGAUUUUUUUAAGAGAGCGAACUGAUCCACAAGAGGAGAGGAGGCAUCACUGUCGGUUUGUUUCGGCUCUUAAAUUUGCUAGCGGAUGAACUCCUGAGAGCGCGCUGAACGGAAUAAAAGGAUUUAGAGAAAAUGAAAAGGUGUAGCGGAGUCCAUCAACACCAGCUCGUCUUGCUAUUGGCUGCUGCCGUGGCAACGGCCCUGGAUUCUUCACACAACCUGGCCAGCGAGAGGAGUUCGAUCGAAAGCACGUACGAGCUGACAAAAUACCUGGAGUAUCAGCUUAAGGAAAUCAAAGACAUAUAUCUGACCUACCUAGGCCCUCCAUUCAAUGAGAAAGACUUCUCCCCUCCACGGCCCAACAGUACGGCUCUGUCUCUGCCCAGUGCCGCCACCCGCCUGGAGCUAUGGCAUGGCCUGGAGAACCAAGCUCGACUCGCCCAGAAUCAGAAGGCCUACUCUGUCCUGCUGGCAGCCGUCAGAGAGUUGGCCCGCUCCACCCUCUGCCCCUCCCUCAAGACCUCCCUGCUGCACUUUUGCACAGGCUUGGAUGGGCUGCUGGGCUCCAUAUCAGCACUGAUGACUAGUCUCGGUUAUGCACUUCCUCCUCCAUCUGCAAACAUGGAAGGUAAUGCUGGAGAGCUGCAGUACCCUCAGAGGGGGCCCGGGGGCGACCGACCAGCUCCACUCAUGAGCCAGAGCCUUUACAGGUCCAGAGCUGGGAUGAGGACAGAGUCCGGUCAGCGUAACAACCAAAGAAGAAGUGGGAUGAGGGUGGUCGGAGGAGAGAGGGAGGAUGGCGUCACCGUAGACCUGGAGGCAAAAAGGAGAGGGAAAGAGGGGAGGAGAGCGGAGGCGACCGCAGCUGGAGGAAGGAGUGGCAGAUCGAGGGAGAAGGGAAGAGGGAGGAGAGGGAGGAGGGAAGAGCCAGAGAGCAGGAAAUGGACCACCAGCGAAGAAGAGAGAGUAAGGGAGGAGGAAGAAAAGGAACUGGAGCAAGAGGGAGGGGCGGAGAGAUGGGGGAGGAGGAGAAGAUUGUUGAGUAUCGACGAAGAUGGAGAGGAGAGGGAGAGGCAGUCUGAACCCAGGGUAGAAGUGUCGUACCCAGGCACAGAAGGCUCCCUUCGACAACCAACCAUCCAAACCAACAACAACAUCAACAACAACAAUCAGUACAGCUACAACCUGAACUCACUUCACCCAGACACACUCAGAAAAGAAGAUGGAUUUAUUGUUGAGAGAAGCAGAGGGUUAUUGGUGGAAGAGGAGAAGCAAAUAGACAUAGCAGCUACCUCCUCUUCCUCCACUUUCCAUCAUCAGCAUCGGCCUCCUCGCUCCCUCCUCUCUCCCACCCUUCAACCUCCUCUGUCCACCCUCUCCCUCCUGUACCAGUUUGGAGCGGGUGAGGAGCACACCCUCCUCUCCCAGCCUGUCCCUCUGUCUUUACAAAGGGUCACCUCCCUCCUUUCGCCUCCUCUGACUCCGCUCCUUUCCUCCACCUCCUCCUCCUCCUCGCUGCUGUCGGUGCGGCCGACGAUGAACGACUUCGCCAGGAAGGUGGAGGGAUUUUGGAUAUUGCGAGAGCUGCAGAGUUGGCUAUGGCGAUCGGCGAAGGACUUUAAUCGCCUCAAGAAGAAACUCAGAGGCUGAGACACUGAGACACACACAAGUGCAGUAUAUCAGAAAUCUAUUAUUUGGACAAAAAUCUGAGUGGAAACAAAUAGAGAGCUUUAACAGACAAAUGCACAUAAACACAUUCAUGCUUAACACAUUCAUUCAUAUCGUACUGGAAUAAGUGAAUGAAGGACUAUUUGGCAGGUCACCAGAAGCGCUAAUGGAAUAUAACACACAAAGCCAACACAUUACCAGCACUGUCACCCGCCUAAUGCACAUAGCAGCUCAUUGAGCGAGACACACUAAGACUGGGCUGAGACUUCACGGCUCAUAGAUCAACAAAAAUACCACUGUAGGUGGUUAGACACACACACACACACACACACACACACACACACACACACACACACACACACACACACACACACAGGGAUAGACCGAGUGACAGGCAGAGAGACAGACAGUGCAGCUAUUGAGUGAGAACUGAUUCAGUGACCCCAGAUGUGUGAAUCAGCAAACAUUCAUUUUCUCUAAAGGAAGAAGGGAACUUUUCUGAAUGGGUAAAAGACAAAAGGAGUAAAAAACAAAAGGAGAGGAGGAAAUGGCCAGAGGGAUGAAGAGGAGGAGAGGAAGAGGCAAGAAAAGGAGAGGAAGACUGGAGGAGGCGUGAGUCAGGGAGAUGAGCACUGGAAAUAACGGGCAGAGGGGUAUUGCUGAGUAAUCAGAAGUCAGUUGGUCAGUUACAGUAACUCUACAACAGCGCUACACAUACUGUCCAGACAGAGAGGUGGUCAAACACACACUUAUUGUGGUAUUUGGUGCCUUAACAUACCACUCACUUCUAUGCUGCAUUUGAUUCAGCGCUCAUUCAUUUGUACCACUUUUUAAUGAUUUCAUUGCAUAGCAAGAAAUAUUUAACACAGUUUAAAAUGUUUUAGAAUAGAACAUCAACUCUCACAUUUAUACACUAAAUAUGAAGCUGGAGCCAGCAGACGGUUAGCUUAGCUUAGCAUAAAGACUGGAAACAAGGGGAAACUGCUAGCCUGACUCUGUCCAAAGGAAACAAAAUCCACCUACAAGCACCUCUAAGGCUCACUAAUCAACACGUAAUAUCUCGUAGGUUUAAUCCAGACAAAAAUCGAGGUGUAAAAACUACACGUUGCAGUCCUGGAAACUUGACAGUUGUCAGUGUGAGGUUGCUAGGCAACUAGUGGAGACCUACGUUUUAAGUGCUGUUACAACACAGGUAGGACUGGUAAAAUGAUUUGUUGUUGGUCUAUGGGUUUAAUUACCACUAAGCCUUCUGGCUGCAGAAGAAACACACUACAUAUAUGCUGAAUGCGUUGAUUUCCAACAAAAAGAAAAGGAUGCUGGCCUUAACCACGGUGAGCUCGCCUAGUUCACCGCUGCUGUUCCCCACAGUGUUGCUCACUCGACUGGGUGUUUGGGCCAGUACUCUUCUCGUAUCUCCAACUGUACACUGAGCUCGGAGCUGGUUUCAGUUCAUUUAGGUUAACAAAUAGACGCAGAGAGAAACUAAACCAAAAUACUUCAGGGAUGACAGUUAUCAUUUAUUGUCCAUCACGGACUCAAUGAAAAGUUGCUCCUUGCUAUAAUCUACUGCACACCACUCUCAUGCAUCCAGAUCUCUACUUUCGCUUUUUAGACAUAUUGGAUCAGACCUGUCCUCUUGAAGUUUGUCAACAAAUCAUAUGUAACAAAUGAUCACCUCUGAACGUGACAGUAUCUGCAGCGGGACUUCCUUUAACCCCUUGCUUUGACCAUAUAUCCAAAUUCAGUUCUUUAUGCUAAUCUAACUUAACCGUCUUUUGGAUCCAGUUUCACGUUUAACAGACAUUUGAAAGUGGAAUUGAUCUUCUCAUCUAACUCUCAGAAAGAAAGCAAAUAAGCACAUAUACCAAAAUGUCAAACUAUUACUUUAAGUAACUUCACACUCCUAAACUCAAAAAUUAGACACAUUGAGGUGAAUUUUUCAUGCCUUUUAAAACAUGAAAUCAGAGACUUUUUUUCCUUUGGCAACUUACAGAUGGCUUAAUUUCUUUUUCAUAAUGAAUCUAUUGUUAUGUCUUUGCAAUGUGCCUUGGAUGAUGUGGCUAAAUGUUAUGGAUCAUGUCAUAUCUUUAGGAUAUUUAUUGAACAAGAUGUUUAUUUAUUUUUCUCCAGUGUGAAAAUACUGUAUUGUAACUCAAGAGAGAAUAAAUACUAGCUUUUGUACAGAG